AUGAAAACUGUUGUUGUUGUCUUGCUUUUGAACCCAACGCCCACUACCAAAAUGAACCAAACCAACGAAACCAAUUUCGACCAACUCCGUCACGCCCAUGGAAAGUGUGAUAAGGACGGAAAAUGUGACAAGAAACUCGAAGAGCUCCACCAUGGAAUCGGAGAAGGAACUCACGGAGGCAUAGACCAUACCAACAAGGGAAACUGUGACGAUCGUCUCGGAUGUCAUGAGGAUAUGGAGAAGAGAAGAGAGUCAGAUGUGAGAAAUAAGGAGAUGUGA